GGAUGGCAGUGCUUCGCCUUUCUCCUCGCUCCCUGUGCUUAUAGCCGCCAUCUUGAAUUUUAAUCUUAAUUUCUGAAAUGUUUUGUUUCCGACGAUAUUUUUUUUUCUUUUCCCGAUUACAGUUUUAUCGUACCAAUUCUGGAUUAUUUGUUGUUGUUGAAGGAUUAUUCUAAUGUUCCUGCUCAUCUUGGAAUAAAUAUUUAGUGACAGCCCCUAGCUUCCAGUCUUCCCCACUCUGAGUGCUCCCUCAACUCAGAGACUCAAUGCAACUGGACCAGGGGGCUUGUGGGUAUGAAGUGGCUGGGCCAAUCCAAGAGCAUGGUGUUGAAUGGCAGCAGGUACUCCACCAGUGAGCAGCAGCCCGUGAGCCAGAGCCAGACCCGCUCCCAGCAGCAGCUACACCCACAGAGGAGCUCUCUCCGACCAGGGACUGGCAGCAGGAGAUGUAGCCGCCGGUUCAGUGCGGCCAGCCUGGAGGCGGAGCGACGCUGUAUCCCGUCCUCUGGGAUGACCGCCAAGGAGCUGUGUGAGCACGAUGACCUCACCACCAGCCUCAUCCUCGACCCUUAUCUGGGCUUCCAGACACACAAGAUGAACACCAGGUUUCGACCAAUCAAGGGAAGACAGGAAGAGCUGAAGGAGAUUAUCGAGCGGUUCAAGAAGCACGACAACCUGGAGAAGGCUUUCAGAGCACUCACCUCUGGAGACUGGUCCAGACACCACUUCCUACACAAGUCUAAAGCCCAGGAGAAGCUCUUCAAACAGCACGUGUUUGUGUAUCUGAGGAUGUUUGCGGCUGACAGUGGGUUUGAGAUUCUCCCGUGUAAUCGCUACUCCUCUGAGCAGAACGGAGCCAAGAUCGUGGCCACAAAGGAAUGGAAAAGGACCGAUAAGAUAGAGUACUUGGUGGGCUGCAUCGCCGAGCUGUCGGAGAGCGAGGAGAACAUGCUGCUGCGUCACGGGGAGAAUGACUUCAGUGUCAUGUACUCCACACGCAAGAACUGUGCUCAGCUGUGGCUGGGGCCUGCAGCCUUCAUCAACCACGAUUGCCGGCCAAAUUGCAAGUUUGUGUCGACGGGCCGUGACACGGCCUGUGUCAAGGUGCUACGGGACAUCGAACCGGGAGAGGAGAUCUCCUGUUACUACGGUGACGGAUUCUUCGGGGAGAACAACGAAUAUUGUGAAUGCUACACGUGUGAACGACGUCUCACUGGCGCGUUCAAAUCCAAGGCCGGGCUCCCGGCGGAGGCUCCGGUGAUCAACAGCACGUACGGGUUACGGGAGACGGACAAGCGUCUGAACCGGCUGAAGAAGAUGGAGGCAGGAGAGGGCAGCAGAAACUCCGACAGCCACUCUGUGGGCUCCCACACCGACAUAGACUCUCAGGACAUACCAAACACACACACAUCUGGAAGGAAAAGGACUUCCUCCAAUAUGAAGUUCAGCAGAACCAGAACUCAAAGCAGAUCGUCUCUUUCCAGAGCACUAACCUCUACCUCACCUUCUAAACAAAGUCACAGAAACACUGGCAGGAUACCAAAGAGACUCCGAUCCAAACCUGCCACGCCUUCGCUCUCCAAGGUCCGGUUGCGCAGUAGAUGCAGCAGGGGCAGAGGUUCGGAGCCCAAAGCGUCUGUGGUGGCCCGAGGGGAGGUGCUGGGUACCACUGGGCCUGGUCGCCUGGGUCUCCGGGAGCCGAGAACGUCGUCGCUGUGUAAGGCAGGCGUGUCAGGGAAAAAGGAGAAGGAUGCACAGGGACCGGUCCAGACAGCACUGGGCCAGCGGGGGUGUCUGACCCGCCAUGCGGCUAAGGAGAACAACACCCCGGCAGUCCGCGAGGGCAGCCAGAACCAGCCUUGCACUUACAGGACUCGCAGGUCUACCAGGACCCUGGUAAAGGUCCAGGACGCUGUACCCGGGUCAGCUGGGGUUAAACUGGAGCCUGGGGGCCUGGAGGGCCACGGCACCAUCCCUGGAGGGGUGGAAAUUAAAACGGAGCCUGCUGACCUGGAGCAGUACCUGGGCCACGGGUUGGGCUCGGAGCUGGGCGGAGGUCUGGGUGCUGGCUACACGAGCAGAGGGGUCUGUACCAGACGCAGCCAGCUCACCCAGCUCCGGCCCGAACGGACGAUAAAGCGCGAGGACUCAUCGUACGGCGAGCUGUUCCCGCCGGUAGCGGUGGCCCCGGUGGCGUCCUCCCAACAACCCCGUCACCACCACAGUACUGCCGACACGGCAGACUGCGACAAGAUGCUGCUGGGCCUCUCUGUCCCAGAGCGCCACUGGGACUACAAUGGGAGCGAGGCCCUCCGGAGGGAGCGAGGGGAGGACAGGGGGAGUGAGGCCCUCCGGAGGGAGGACAGGGGGAGUGAGGCCCUCCGGGGGGAGGACAGGGGGAGUGAGGCCCUCCGGAGGGAGCGGGGGAGAGCGGGGGAGGACAGAGACAGGAACAAGGGGAGGGAGGCCCUGCGGGGGGAGGACAGAGACAGGAACAAGGGGAGGGAGGCCCUGCGGGGGGAGGACAGAGACAGGAACAAGGGGAGGGAGGCCCUGCGGGGGAAGGACAGGAACAGGAACAAGGGGAGGGAGAAAGGGCGUCGGCAUAAAGGGAAGGGAGGUUACCGGAGCCACAGGGGGGACAGAGCGCAGAGCAAAGGGAAGAAGAAACAGAGGAUCACGCGCUACGACGCCCAGCUGAUCCUGGAGAACAGUGGAGGGAUCCCCAAACUGACGCUCCGCCGGCGCAGAGACAGCAGCAGCAGCAAGACCAACGAGCCCAGCGAGCCAAUCAGCACGCAGCAGCAGGCUAGCAGCACCACCACCACGCCGCAGCCUACCGCCCAACCCUCGGUCAACUCCUCUUCGUCAUCUUCCUCCUCAUCAACGUCCAAGAUCAGCAUUAUGUUCAGGAAGGACCCGUCUCAGGACAGGGAGAAGGGCAGUUCCUGCAGCUCCUACCACGUGUCCAAGCUGAACGGGUUUGGGCCUCCCGGGCUCCACAGCACCAGCAGCUCCACCAAGCUGAAGAUCCAGUUGAAGAGGGAGGACGACGGACGGGCCCAGACGCACACCGACAACAGGGGGGACACGGAGGGCUGCGGUCUGGGUGACGGGGCCUUCGGCCUGGAAGCCAGGAAUGGUGGGAACCACGGAGGGCACAGGAUACAAAACAUUGUGGUAGAUGAGUCUUCGUCUGAUGAUGAUGAGGAGGAGGAGAGGAUGACGGAUGACUACUUUGACGAUGAGUUUGAGGACGAUUUCAUUCCACUCCCGCCGGCGAAGCGGUUACGUCUCAUCGUGGGAAAAGACUCAAUAGACAUCGAUAUCUCAUCCCGGAGGAGAGAGGACCAGUCUCUGAGGCUAAACGCCUGAUAAAGCUCUCUGAAUGGAGUUCAUAUCUGAUAUCUCAUCCCGGAGGAGAGAGGACCAGUCUCUGAGGCUAAACGCCUGAUAAAGCUCUCUGAAUGGAGUUCAUAUCUGAUAUCUCAUCCCGGAGGAGAGAGGACCAGUCUCUGAGGCUAAACGCCUGAUAAAGCUCUCUGAAUGGAGUUCAUAUCUGAUAUCUCAUCCCGGAGGAGAGAGGACCAGUCUCUGAGGCUAAACGCCUGAUAAAGCUCUCUGAAUGGAGUUCAUAUCUGCGUCCCAAAUGUCAAACUGUUCCCUGUGCAGUGCACUACUUUGUAUGUGUUGUAAAUAGCAGGACACUAGGUAGGGAAUAGGGUGCAGUCCAUCACUCCACCUUUAUAUGUACAGAGAACACUGACUCACUAAUCAACUGUUGUGUUGAUGAUGUUUAAAGAAGUACAGUCAUUUAAAAAAUAAAUUUUAAAAAACUUAAAAAGUUGCAAAAAAAAAACUAAGAGAAUCAGAAGGAAGAUGUUUGUAUAAAUGAAAAGUGAAUGCACUUCUGUCAUGAUUAAUAUUCAUAAUGAACAUGAAUAUUGUAGAAGGUGUACAGUUAUUAUGGUGACUAUCCUCUGUCCCACAGACAGACUUAUUGAACUUUUUAUUUUAGAUUUUGUCUCACAGUACGCAAUUCUAAACUCUGUUGGCAAACCAGACUUUUUUUGUUUUGUUUUAUUUUUAAUUUAGUUUUUGUAAAAACCCAUAUGAUAUGGGGAUAUGGGUCCAGUAACGUUCUGAUAGGGAUCAAACAGUUCAGUUGUAGUAAUAAUGACAGGUUUCUAUAACUGUUCAACUUAUGAAUGAACUCAGUCCCACCAACACACUGGAAUCAUAGUGGAUUCUAUCAGCUGCUCAUCAGGGUUGAGCUCCAUUCCAAUUCCGGAAACAAACAGGAAUUCCGAAUUGGAAUUGGAAUCUCAGUUUGCUUCCUUGUCUGAAUUGAAAUGGAAUUGAGUCCAACCCUGCUCCUCCUGUCCUCCUGGCUGUGUUUUUUGUUAUUCUCUAAGAGAACGUUGACCCUGGCUGCAAUAUCCCAAAUGUGUUUAAAGCUCACACAGUACUGUUUACAGCAACAUGGGUAAUGGGUCAUUGACAAGCCAACAAAUGGACCAAUAUUUUGGUCAUUUUUAAGCUUCAUUUCUGAUUUCUGGAGUCUCUGAUUGGUUUUGACUAGAUUGUAUACAGCUACGGACAGAAUUAACUUCCUAGCAAGUUAGGAGAAUUAGGUUAAAGGUUAGAAAAAGGGUUGGGGUUAGCUGAAAUGCUAAUUUUCUACCCGACUCCAACGUGCAACGUUGAAUUUUUUUACUGUUGCUGUAUACCAGGGGUGUCAAACUCAUUCCACGGAGGGCCAAAGUGUCUGCUGUUUUUGUUGGUUGUUCCUUUAAGACCUCGACAACCAGGUGAAGGGAGUUCCUUACUAAUUAGGUGACCUUGAUUCAUCAAUCGAGUACAAGUGGAGGAGCGAAAACCUGCAUACACUUUAGCCCUCCGUAGGUAGGACACAUGCUGUAUACCGUCUAGCCACAAGAGGUUUAACGUUUUAAACACUAAUCAGUUAAAUAGAUACACGGCGUGUACGCUGUUUUUAAACACGUCAUCAGGAAGUAACACGAAGAAGACCCAGAAGUCAUGUGACAGAAAGACUGAAUCAUGUUCUGGAAAACGAGUUCAAACUCACUAGACUAUUUAGUUGUUGUUUUUCUUAGAUCCAAAUCAUACAUAAUGAACACAUGACAACUUCAUAGAAUAUUAUCCCCAACGAAAAUAGUCAUUUUCACAAACAGUAUUAGGUGCUUUACCAACAACUCUUGGGGUAUCUGUUGAAGGCCUAGUUUUUAGAAAAAAAUAUUAUCAGAAGGUGAAGAACUGUAGGUCGUCCCUCGGUAACUGUAACUACGGGAACACUUUCUCUCUCCCCCCCAGUCUUUCUGUAUAGUCUUUCUAUUUGAGUUAUUUUAGGGCUGGUUUCCCAGACAUAUUCAGACUAGCCUCGAACUACCAAGCUAUUCUCCAUCGACCGUGUUUUUUUUAAAGUCUUUAAUCAUUGUCUGGGAAACUAGUCUUUUUAGUGUGGAAGUACUGAACUGCCAAAUUUAAUCAAGGGAUCAACUGGAGAUGAAUGUUAACUCCACUUUCUGUUGUCCUGUACUGUUCAUAUCACCAGCAAGCAGCGAAUCACAGUGAUAAACAAGGGUUGUGUUCAUUUAGGCACAAAAAGGGGAGGGGAGGGGAGGGGCGGGGCUUCCAUGACUUGUCCAAUAAGAAAUUGUCACUUUUUUUUUUUUUUUUUUUCUAUUGCAAAACAUUUUCUGUUGUGUGCCCUAAUGAACACAACCCUGGCUAUACGUGUACCUCCCCCUGUAUGGACGCCAGUCACUCUCCAUUCUGUACUGUUCCAGGUGUUACUGUGUGAUCUUUGUUCAAUAGCCAGCUGUCGACAUUUCUGAUUUGAUGAAGUUCAAUAAUAACAACAAACAAACAAAUGAAAGAAAGAAAUGUGAAUCGUUUGCAGACAUUUUUAGUGUUGCGUUGGGUUAGUGGGGGAAAAACACUUAAAACAGACCUUUAAACCAGAGCAGUGCUUUUAUGUCCAGUAUGUAAAACAAAAAUCACGUGAACACACCCUGUACUUAUUUAACCGUUUUGGAAUACUUGAAAACAUAAAGUUUCUUUGUGAGAAUAAACUAUUUUUCUGUG